CGCGCAUGCGCGCAGCGCAAACCAUUUGGCGGGUUUUCCCGGCUGCUGGGUUCUGCUUCCCCAGCUGAGUAGCUCGGAGGUACCUUUUCCCCGAGCAGGACCUCCUCCGUCUCGAGGUUUCCGCGCCUUCCCUUCGGAGCUCUGGGGGGCUACCCCCACAGUAAAAAUAAAAAGUAUUUCGGUGUGAUUGACGCCUGGGCGCGAGGUCGUGGGUCGCUUGGUGACGUCCGGUCUCGGGCCCAGGGACUGAAAGGAUUAGAGAACCUUGCCUUGCUCGUCGCCCCGCUCGCCCGCGGGCGUCUAGGGCUCAGGUCGGAGCUGGGCUGGCCGGGCCCCCGGCCCCUGCUGAGUCGCCAUGCCCGUGUCCACCCAGCAGCUGGCGGAGGAGCUGCAGAUCUUCGGCCUGGACUGCGAGGACGCCCAGAUUGAGAAACUGGCAGAGCUGUGUGUUCUGUACGGACAGAACGAGGAGGGGAUGGUGGGCGAGCUCAUAGCCUUCUGCACCAGCACCAAGAAAGCUCACCUCACCCCUGAGGUCCUGAGCACUUUUGAACAUGAGAUUCUGAGCAAAAGAUUAUCUAAGACCUGGCACAGUAGCUCCAAGGACAGUGGGCAUGCGGGCACUAGAGACAUCAUUUCUAUACAAGAGCUAAUUGAAGUGGAAGAAGAAGAGGAGACCCUUUUGAAUUCUUACACCACACCCUCUAAGGGUCCUCAGAAGCGAGCUAUCACCAUGCCAGAAACCCCCCUAACAAAAAGGAGCGUGUCUACUCGUAGCCCACAUCAGCUCCUCUCUCCAUCGAGUUUCUCUCCAAGUGCUACUCCCUCCCAGAAAUACAACUCAAGAAAUAACCGAGGAGAAGUGGUCACCACCUUUGGCUCUGCACAGGGCGUGUCGUGGUCUGGGAGAGGAGGAGCUGGAAGCAUCAGCCUGAAGGUCCUGGGGUAUCCAGAGCCACUGACUGGGAGCUACAAAUCCAUGUUCCAGAAGCUCCCAGACAUUCGAGAAGUUCUGACCUGUAAGAUAGAAGAACUUGGCAGUGAACUCAAGGAACACUACAGGAUCGAGGCCUUUACUCCUCUUCUGGUCCCAGCCCAAGAGCCUGUCACCCUGCUGGGCCAGAUAGGCUGUGACAGCAAUGGGAAACUGAACAGCAAGUCAGUGAUUCUGGAGGGAGACCGGGAGCACUCCUCAGGUGCUCAGAUUCCAGUGGACUUGACUGAGCUCAAAGAGUACUCUCUGUUUCCUGGACAGGUUGUGAUUAUGGAAGGAAUUAACACCACUGGCAGAAAACUUAUUGCCACCAAACUCUACGAGGGUGUGCCGCUUCCGUUUUAUCAGCCCACUGAAGAGGACGGAGAUUUUGAGCAGACCAUGGUCAUGGUUGCCUGUGGGCCCUACACCACGUCUGACAGCAUCACCUACGAGCCCCUGCUGGACCUGAUCACUGUCAUCAACCGCGACCGGCCGGAUGUCUGCGUCCUGUUUGGUCCUUUCCUGGAUGCUAAGCACGAGCAGGUGGAGAACUGUCUGCUGACAAGCCCAUUUGAAGAUGUCUUUAGGCAGUGUCUGCGAACCAUCAUCGAAGGGACGAGAAGCUCCGGCUCCCACCUGGUCUUCGUCCCGUCCUUGAGAGACGUGCACCACGAGCCUGUGUACCCACAGCCGCCUUUUAGCUACUCCGAUCUGUCUCGGGAGGACAAAAAGCGAGUGCAGUUUGUGUCGGAGCCCUGCAGCCUCUCUGUAAACGGGGUGAUCUUUGGCCUGACGUCCACGGAUCUGCUGUUCCACAUGGGGGCCGAGGAGAUCAGCAGCUCCUCUGGAACCUCAGACCGACUCAGCCGCAUUCUCAAGCACAUCCUGACCCAGAGGAGCUACUACCCACUGUACCCUCCCCAGGAAGACAUGGCCAUCGACUAUGAGAACUUCUAUGCCUACGCACAGCUGCCGGUCACCCCAGACGUCCUCAUAGUCCCCUCGGAGCUGAGGUACUUCGUGAAGGUAGGUCUGCGCUGGCUUUCCUGGACCUCCAGAGCUGGUCUCUGCCUUUCCCUCCUGGGCCACCCAGCACUCACCCUUUGUAGGUCUGCUGAAGGGCAUGGUGGCCUCUGUGACCUAGCCCUGGGCCUGGUGGCUUUGGGGGAGAAGGUGGGACAACAUGACAAAUCCGUGGGUGAAGUGUAGCUGGAAUGGAGCAGGAGCCACCGGUGAGUGGGAAGGCCUGGCACAGUGGCUCCCACCAGGCGUGUCAGGGCGGCCUGGAGCGCGGCACACGGGCCCUGCCUUGCCCCUCGGUGCUCUGGUGACUUCCCGCGGGAUCCACUGAGGACACUUGGAAGCAGCUCAGGAGCCACUGUGGUCCCUGUACCGCGAGCCCUGCCUGCUGGGCUGAGUCCGUCACAGGGAACCCCCCAGGCAGUCCCCGUUUUCCAGACCAGAGCCGGUCCAGCCUCGGGAGGCAAGUUGUUUCUCAUCCAGAAAACAAGAAACAGCUGGAUGGGUUUGUCUCCGAGUAUGAGCGCCGACUGUCUUCCUCCAGGGCGCCUCUCCUUUGUUCAGUCUCAGAGACGCAGGAGCAGUUCAGAGUGACCAUGUGAUGGCCUCCGUUUCCAUUUUACAAAACCUUCUUUGGGGUCUGAGCGUCCGGCUACUCUGCCACAUCAGUCCCCAGUUGAGGGCCUCUAAAGCCGGUCUUCUCCCUUCCUUCCCCAGGACAUCCUCGGCUGCGUCUGUGUGAAUCCCGGGCGCCUCACCAAAGGGCAGGUGGGCGGCACCUUUGGCCGCCUGUACCUCAGGAGGCUGCUGG